CGUCGCCUUCUGCAGCAAAAUGGCUUCGUUGACAGCAGCCGUGCAGACGAACCGGUCCGGAUCUGUAUCAGCAUCAAACAAACGGGCCGGAACGAUGACCCAAAGGAGGUUCAGACUGUUGGACAACACUGUCCUUUUAUGUUUAUCGUUAGUCUCCAUGGUGCAUUGUGCUUCGGCUGACGGGAAGACGCUGGUUCUGCUGGACAACCUCAACAUCAGAGACAGCCAUUCAAUCUUCUUCCGCAGUCUGGCAGAUCGUGGCUUUGACCUCACAUUCAAGACAGCUGAUGACCCCUCCCUAUCUCUGAUCAAAUAUGGCCAGUUCCUGUAUGACCAUUUAAUCAUCUUUUCACCAUCGGUUGAAGACUUUGGAGGAAAUAUAAAUGUGGAGACAAUCACAUCCUUCAUUGAUGGUGGAGGCAACGUCCUGGUUGCUGCCAAUUCAGAUAUUGGCGACCCUCUGAGGGAGCUGGGUAGCGAGUGUGGCAUCGAGUUCGACGAGGAAAAGACUGCUGUCAUUGACCAUCACAACUAUGAUGUGUCUGACCCUGGAGAGCACACCCUGAUUGUUGCUGACCCAGAGAACCGUCUGAAAGCUCCCACCAUUGUCGGCAAGCCCACCAACAAACCCGUUUUAUUCAAGGGCGUUGGUAUGGUGGCAGACCCAGAAAACCCCCUUGUCCUGGACAUCCUCACUGGCUCUUCAACCACCUACUCCUUUUUCCCUGACAGACCCAUCUCUCAGUACCCCCAUGCUGUUGGAAAGAACACCCUGCUGAUCGCUGGUCUGCAGGCCAGAAACAAUGCCAGAGUGGUUUUCAGUGGCUCCCUGGAUUUCUUUAGCGAUGCCUUCUUCAACUCAGCUGUGCAGAAGGCCACUCCUGGCUCCCCAAGGCACGAGCAGACAGGAAACAUGGAGCUGGCUGAGGCUCUGUCUGGCUGGGUGUUCAAAGAGGCUGGAGUCCUCAGGGUGGGAGCCGUUACCCAUCAUCCCGUGGGAGAGCGCAAUCCCCCUGCAGCAUACACCAUCACCGACCUUGUGGAGUACAGCAUUGUCAUUGAGAUGCUUUCUGAAGGCCGCUGGAUUCCCUUUGAUGGAGACGACAUUCAGCUUGAGUUUGUGAGGAUUGAUCCCUUCGUCAGGACUUACCUCAAGAAAAACGGAGGUAAAUACAGCGUCCAGUUCAAGCUGCCUGAUGUGUACGGAGUCUUCCAGUUCAAAGUGGACUACAACCGUCUGGGAUACACACACCUCUACUCCUCCACUCAGGUGUCGGUGCGUCCCCUCCAGCACACUCAGUACGAGCGCUUCAUCCCCUCAGCCUACCCAUACUACGCCAGUGUCUUCUCCAUGAUGGGAGGACUCUUUGUCUUCAGCAUAGUUUUCCUGCACAUGAAAGAGAAGGAGAAGUCAGACUAAAUGCAGAGGAGAAACAGCGGGGAUGGAGAAACAAGAUUACAUAAUUGAACUUGAGGUGUGAAGAGUUGAAAUUGAAUGUCUUCACAAGUCUUCACACAAGGACUUGGACUGCAGUCCUCUAUAAAAAAAACAAAACAAGGUUUCUGUUCGGGUAUGUGGGCACCCAAGUAAUUGGGUUUUGAGGGCAAAGGGGAGCUGGCUGUAAUGCAGUGGUUAAGUUUCUGUCUUUCGUUGUUUUUUGUACUUUAACAAUCACUCAAAGGCCUGUAUGUGUUCUGAAUUCAGUCAGCGCUUGUAUGAAGUUGCUUUACAUUUGAUAAAAUGAUAAACUAAGUAGACCACUUGCCUUGGAACAUGAAAUACAUCCAUCCAUUAAAUUUUGACCCCUACUUUCACAAUUAGGAAAGGUUAUUGUGAUUAACUACAUGCACUGAAUAUGCCAACUGUUGAUUUUUUGAUAGGACUUAAAUGUGUUUUCAAGAAAGUUUGAGUCAUCUUAAACAAUAAAAUAUUGACAUUCCACUCA